AUGGCCCCUCCUCAGCAUUGGUUAAUCCUCACGGCCCUCGGGUCGUUGCCGUUGUGCCUGGCAAGUGCCCGGCCUUCAGCUCCUCGACACAUUUCCUCGCACAUCCCAUUAGUACGGCGCACAGACCCGGCAGCCAAGUUGUUUCGUCGCGACAAAUAUGGCAUCGAGACUGUCUCUGAGUCGGAUGGCUUCUGGUUUGGGAGCUUUGAUGUCGGCAGCUCCAAGAACCUCCAUCUCCUGAUUGACACGGGCUCCUCCGAUGUGAUCAUCAAUCCUGGAUACUACAACGCGAGCUCUGCAUCAGUCAACCUCAACCUUACGUUUGAGAACGGCUAUGGAACGACCCAAAGCGAUGGGUCCGGGACGGGCUCGGUAGCGGGGACCCUGUACAACGACACCAUCACAUACGGCAGCUUGACCAUCGACCAGACGAUCGGCUCCGCCAACGGCACGGCGCUGAUCCCCGCUGAUGGGAUCGUGGGUUUUGCCGGAGUCGAAGUGGCUCAAUUUCCCAACGGCGCGCCGCCCUUUUUCCACGCGCUCUGCCAGCAGGGUCAAGUCUCUUCGUGUCGCUUUGGCGUGGUCCUGGGCAGCAACUCGACUGGAACCCAGGUGCUGGGCGAGCUGGACACCUCCCUCUUUGAAGGCAACCUGACCACCACCUCCAUCGUGCAGGAAUGGGCCUUCUUUGCCGACGUGGCCGUCAACGACACCAUCCUCACCAAGGAUGUGCCUAUCGAGCUCGACACCGGAACCGCCACGAUCACCGGCCCGGUCGAAGAAGUACUUGCCAUCUUCGAGGCGACCAACAUCCAAGCCGUCGUCCAGAACACCAGCGACGGGGUGACCGUCACGGGCUACUUCCCCUGCGACAGCCCUCCCACCGUGGGCUUCAGCAUCCCCUCGCAGGCCAAUGCCACCGCUGCCGUCGACGCGGACUCCGAUCUGGUCAGCCACCAGAGCGCCAUCUUCAACAUCGCCGCCGACCAGUGGAUCGCCGCCGACAACGGGAACAACAAUUGCACGGCGGUGCUCUCGGGCGCGACCGUCGCUUCGUACCCGACCUUGUGGGUGGUCGGUCAACCCUUCUUCCGGGGCUUGUACAUCGAUCACAAUGUCGAGAAUGCGACCGUGGGCUUGGCGGUCUCCAAGACGCAAUCCGGCACGCAGACCUCCGCGUCUGCGACACCGAGCAGCGCGUCGUCGGUGGUUCCCAGUAGCGGUGCGGUACUAGGACAGUCGGUGAAUGUUGCUAUGCUUUCGCUUUCGGUUCUUCUCGCGUGGGCUAUGCAUUGA